GGUCAUUCACCCCGCCCGGGCCGCCAUUACGAAUGUCGUGUUAUUUUAUUCGGAACUUAACACGAGCUUUCGGAAUGUAAUAUAGGUUAAAAGUACUAAUUUUUAACUUGUAUUGACUAUUUUAACAAAGUGCCUCUUUUGAAUACGUUUAAGUUCGAAUAGAAAAGAGGUUUGACGUGAAAGAACGUGGUGUUAAGAUCAUCGCUAUUGUGUGUUUGACAAUUUGACAUAAACAAUGUAUUCAAAACGACAACUAAAGGAAUUUCUAAGUGAAAUAUCACAAAACGCAGAGUUCCCCAUAUUCACUUAUGUAUCAGCAGAAAAGUUUGUUAUUUUAAUCAGGUGCCGAGUGGAACCGGACCGAGAUGCUCGAUACUACACCAAGUACAAUACAGAAUGGAUAAAAAAGUUCACGAAAUUCACCAAAACCGGUUGGAUUGUUAGACAUUGCUUUCCUAAACUAAAGCGGCUAGUUUACAGGAAGACUUUUGUUUGUCAAUACUCUGGGUUUAACAAAACGAAGAACCCGAAACAAACGGCCGUCAGAAACAAGCAUUGUGAAGCAAAGAUAGAUUUUAAGGUUAAGUUCAUAAACCGCAACACUAUUAGAAACGAUGAAAUGUUGAAGAAAGGUUUGAAUUUGUCAAUCUUUAUCAACUAUAUGCACUCGCACAAAGUAUUGACAAAAGAAUCACUGAAAUUGUUAAGAUGUUCAGUGGAAACUGAUGAGUUAUUCUACAAGUACUACGCUGAAGGGCACAGUGAACCUACUGCAAAAAGCUACCAUGAAUUGACAUUACUUGUAAACUCUACAGACGGCAGUAACCCACUGAGGAACACAGAAGUAAACCCUAGUGCACGUCACAUAAACUACUUGUUCUGCAAGAAAAAGAAAGAGGGUACUAAUCCCAGCACAAUCUCAGAUAUAAUGCCUGAAAAAAUUAAACUUUUAGAAGAAUCUGGAGGGAUGUUGAAGCACUCUGAAGACUACAAUACUGUUGUGGUAAUAACACCAUUUAUGAAAAGUGUGUUAACUUGCCAUGAUCUGGACAGUAUAAUAGUAGACAGUACAGUCCUCAAAGAACAUGUGGUAUCAUUCUUUCUCGUACCAACCCCUUUAGGAGCGCUGCCCAUAGCAUGUGCAUUACAUACAGAAUCUAAAGACAAAAUACACAUGUACAACCCAGCAUUUAACUAUACCAAAACUGUCAUAGAAUCGCAAAUCUCAAAAACAUUUGAGCCAACAGAAUUCAUGGUAAAUGAAAAUGAUGAAAAUUAUGCUCUGGAAGAAGUAUUUCCUAAUACAAGCUUGUCUGAGACCCGAGUGUCUUUGUUAGAAGGAAUAUGGCAAACAAUUUGCAAAGCAGAUGUAAAAAUAGAAGCAAAAGAAAGUCAUGAUUUAAUGGAGUCUUUUAACACACUGUUAUAUGACAAUAAUUUUGAAAAAGCAGACAUGGUGUACAAAAAACUUGAGGAAGAUAUGUAUAUUAAUUCAAUUCUGAAGCUGAAAGAAUAUGUAGUUAAUAUAUGGGAGAGGCGAGACGAACUUAACACACCAAAUAAACUUAUAGAUGUAUCAUUACGUAUGCUGAAGCAGUUUUUACUAAGCCGAUGUAAUUCAUACAGUAUUGUCAUCAUGAUAGAUGUAUUACUAAACAUAUUGGAUAAGCACUGGCAUCAAAUACUCUAUGCGCACUUGAGUAACAAAUCAAUUGUUGAAACUUAUACAAAAUUAUUGCCCGUAGACAGAGAAGUGAUUAAAACAGCUGGUAUGAAGGAUAAUGUAGAAACAGUGGAAAACAAAAAGAGGAAGAAAAAUCAUACUUUUAACAUAGAGACAAUGUGUUGUGAUUGUGUGAAAGGAAGUAAAGGGGAGUUUUGUGAGCAUCUAUGUGCAGCUUUGCACUCUGUCAAUCUGAGUACAACAUUAAGUGAAGAGCAAAGAGUAUUGUAUACUUCACUGAUUGGCAAGCGAGAUAUAAAACCUGAACUACUUACAGAACAAGAGGAUGAUUUAGAAAAAGAUAUAGAACCUACUUCUAGUGAUAAUGAGCAAAACGAUUUUGAAAUUAAAGAAGAAAUAGUGGAAAAUGAUGAUCCUUUGGAUGAUGGCAACAAUGAAAAUGUAGAUAAUUCGGAGUAUCGAAAUAAUAAUAUUGAAGUUGAUAAUGAUAUGAAAAAUUCUUAUGUUGCAGCUCUAACGGCAUUGAACGAUGAAUUUAGAAGACUAAACAGAUUGUUUAUGGAUAAUCCUAGUGCUUCUAAUUUGGACAAUAUAAGACAAUUAGCUAGAGAACUGAGUAAAAUAAGACCAGUGGAAAAAGUUGAAUUGUCAAAUAUUUUUGUUGAUAUUAAUAAAAAUUAAUACAUUCAAUAU